UUAGCCAAUGAGAUGCCACAAGCUACCAGUUUUCCCAGAGGCUCCAGUAAGUGAAGAGAGGAUAUGUGAAUACUCUGUGUGCUCGGUUGCAACGACAAAUGUGUCAGAACUGGAAAAACUACGCAUUAGAAUGUAUACAUGAUAGAGUAUAUGAUAAAUUUGGCUUUAUAGUCGGUAUGGCUAAACGGUGCGCAUGCGUAAUUACGCAUAAACAUCACCGCAUGGAAGAAAUGCUGUAUUCGUCUGAUAGUGCGCGUUUGGAGAACAUCUCGGAAGGCCUGCGCGUGGUAUAACAGGGGUAAUUGGGCUAAGGGGGGAGGUGGGGAGGUGGGGAAGUAGGGGUAGGACGGUGAUGUAAGGAAAUGCCGGUGUGAGCGCGCCGUCCAUUCGCGAUUCCAACUUAAUCCCGGAUUACCGGAGUGUCUGAUUAAGGGGACGGGGGGCAAAGAUUUGUUCGUGCGCUCAACAUAUCCGUUACAAAACAUCUGAAAUGCGAUCCAGAGAAGCACUUUUCCUCCUUUCCGUGUGCGCGUUAACGGCGUACUACAUCUACUCGCCCAUUCCGGAUAACAUCGAGCAGAAAUGGAAGCUCAUGAUCACCGACUGCUUCUUCAGGAGUCUGAGUCACCUGGCAGACUUCGGCGAGCUGCUGGGUCUAACAGACUACAUGGACGUGAUGAUGUUUAUCACAUUCCUAGAACGGGUGGUACCCUUAUCUGACGAGCGGGUGAAGGUGGCGGAAGAACGCUUCGAUGGUGUGGAUGUGGUAGUGUACGAACCCCGGCAAGAAAGAGGAACAGGGGAGAUGAGAAGAGCCAUCAUUUUCAUGCAUGGAGGAGGAUGGUGUCUAGGCAGCUCAAAAAUGGGGCCGUAUGAUCUCCUGUCCAGGCGGAUGGUUACAGAACUGAAUGCAGUGGUUGUUUCAGUAGAGUACCGCCUGGCCCCUCCUCACCACUUCCCUGUUCCAUUUGAGGAUGUGUACCAUGCAGUGAAGUACUUCCUUCAGCCUGAUGUCCUGGAGAGGUAUGAGGCAGAUCCAGAGCGUGUAGCAGUUUCAGGGGACAGCGCCGGAGGAAACCUGGCAGCCGCUGUAACCCAGCAGCUGCAGCUGGAACCAAACCAACGUGUGAAACUAAAAGUGCAGGCUUUAAUCUACCCGGUCCUGCAAGCACUGGAUCUCAACACGCCGUCAUACCAGGAGAACCAGCACAUGCCCAUCCUGCCACGCACGCUCAUGGUGCGCUUUUGGAGCGAGUACUUCACGAGCAACAAAUCGUUUCUCACAGCCAUGUUGACCAAUAGCCACAACAGCGCAGAAUCUGUUGCGAUGCUCAAAUUCGUCAACUGGAGCGUCUUCCUGCCUGAGCCGUACCGCCGGAAGUACAACUACAGUGCUCCAUCUAUAUCCACAGACAAGACCUGUUUGUCGAUAGCGGACCAGCGGGCGUCGCCGUUGCUGGUGCCUGACACCGUACUCCGUCGGCUGCCUAAAACCUACAUUCUGACAUGCGAGUACGAUGUUCUGCGUGAUGACGGUGUCAUGUAUGUAACACGCUUGCGUUCGGCCGGCAUCAAUGUGACACAUGAACACUAUAAAGAGGGGUUUCAUGGCACAAUGAUGUUCACACUGUGGCCCACCGACUUUAGUGUUGCCCACAGGAUGACUGACAGCUAUUUGGUGUGGCUCAAGGAAAAUUUGUGAAAGGAUAUUUUGCAACAGUGUUGGUUUACAUUCUUUGACUCGGAGCUCCUUUCCAGAACCAAGCUGUGUUUAAAUAUUGCUUUUAUUUUUUCUGUGAGGUUUCUGUCUUUUAAAGAGCACAGUCUGAUUUACUCAUAUUAUCAGAGGGUAAUAUUUCCAUGACUCAUGACUAGUUUUGGCUCAUAGAUAAAAACAAAGCAGAAAAAUGCACAUUUUUUAAGUCUAUGUUAAUCUGCUUAUUUACACUAUAUGGACAAAAGUUUUUGGACAUCUUCUGAACAUCCCAUUCCACAUUUAGCCCCCAUGUUCUGUUAUAUUCGCCUCCAUGCAUUGGGUAGAUGUUCAACCAGAUUUUGGAGUCUGAUUGUGUGGAUUUGAGCUCAUUCAGCUACUGAUGAAGGUAACAUUACAGCAGGCCAUUCAAUGUCUUCCAUUCCAACCCAUGUAAACCAUAACAUCACAGAUCUGGCUUUGUGCACAGGGCCAUUGUCUUGCUGGUACAGGUUUGGGUCUCCUUGUUAUAGUGAAGGGAAAAUGUUAUGCUUCCACAUCCAAAGGCAUACAUACAGUUUGGGGAGGAACCACAGAUGACUGGAAAAGUCAGGAAUCACAAUAGUUGUCCAUAAAGUGUAUCUCAGUGUAACACUAUAGUAUGAAAGUUUUCUUUUAGGUCUUGUUAUUUACUGACAUCUAUGGACAUUCUCCAAACCUCCUUUUCACACUUUAGGCUCAGUAUGGUUUAGUUAAACCAGUAAGAGAAAAGUGUCUCCAAAUGUUUUCCUACACUGUCGCUGAAUUCUCAAGUGCCUCAAAAUCUGGUGUGCACUGAACAGAACAACGAACGGCCGAGAAGCUUUUAAAUGUAGCUUUCAGAGCUUUUUACAAACAGGAUGCCAUGAGGUAACACACUCAAGCUGAUUUAUAGUCCACCCUCCAAACACACACAGCUUCCACUAUUACCUCAGCUCUGGUUUAUAUUAUAUAUAUCCCACAAAAUUGCAUUUCUAUAGAAUAUGUGUGACUCACAUGGACUUAUAUUGUGGACAUUCCAUUUGAAAUAAUAACAGUUUUGGAUGGAGUCUCCAGCAUCAGUCAAGAAAAAGGAAAAAGUGAAACCGAUGAUGUGAACAGCUGUUUAUAGCUACUAUAACAUAAGUGAUAACAGACAAUUGUUUCAUUGGACAUUCCAUAACAUUAAAUGUAACUAUCAAUUGAUUUUAAGGAUUUUAAACUGUUCUUAAAUAAAUGAAUGAAGGAUGUGCUGUUCUUGAAUAAA